AUGAAGUCGGCGACACGCGAGCGCAAAUACGCAAAGCAGAUCGGCACGCAGAGAUUUCUAUCGCGCAACUGCCAUCAAGACAAGGACCAGUCACGACGCGACGAUAUUGAGAUCUGGCUCUACGUGCUGCUCGAUUUGUACCGAGAAGGGUUAUUCCAUGGGUGGGUCGGGCCGGAGAUGCUCUGGUGCAAGAAGUGGAUGUUCAGCAGCAAGAGAGUUUCU